UAUUUUAUUUCCAAAUUCUGCAAUUUAUUUCUAUUGCAAUCUAUUUUAUUUUCUUAAAAUACCUAUAAUUUUGCCCCCACUUUAUUGGGCUUGGAAGUCAAAACCCAACGUUCCAAAACCAAAACCCAGUCCCUGAACCCUACUGGCUGCCGAGGCUUCCUAGGUAACAAACAAUCCUAUCAUCCUCACUCGCAGUUAUUCAAUCCACCAUGGAGGUUAAGGUUAUCCAAAAUUUCCAUGUUUUCAGAUCAAACUAUCGAAAUCUAGCAGUCCCCUUCCUUUUCAUUUCCAAGAAUCCCUUCUCAAUCAGAUUGUCGCGAGAGCUAAAGACCCCAUUUGUCUCUUUUCAAAGUGAGCCACUUCCUAAUGUUAUAACCGCCUCCAAAAUUUCAACGAACCAAGCCUCCUUCACAGUCGACUACCUUGUACACUCUUGUGGCUUGUCCCUAGAAGCUGCAAUCUCAGUCUCCCAGAAGAUGCAUUUACAGUCUCCGAAGAAACCGGACUCGGUUCUAGCCCUUUUGCGAAACCGCGGAUUCUCGAAAACCCAGAUCUCAAACCUCGUCAAGAAACGCCCUUUUCUCCUUUUAGCCCAUCCUGAGAAUACCCUUCUUCCCAAACUUGACUUCUUUCAUUCUAUAGGGGUUUCAAGCUCCGACCUUGCGAGAACCCUCUCUUCAGACCCGACUCUUCUGACUAGAAGCUUGGAGAACCAAAUUGUACCCUCUUAUAACUUCCUCAAAAGCAUCUUGUUGUCUGAUGAAAAGAUCGUUUCUGCAUUGAAGCGCACUACUUGGAUAUUUCUAGAGGAUCAUUCGAAGAAUCUUGUACCAAAUAUUGAGCUUUUGAGAGGAAUUUGUGUACCACAUUCUUGUAUAUCAUUGUUGCUAACCCAUUUCCCUGAAGCCGUGAUGCAGAGGCACGACGAGUUUGGUAAAAUUGUGAAGGAGGUUAAGGAAAUGGGUUUUGAUCCAAAUAAAUCAACGUUUGUAUUGGCUGUACAUGCCAUUUCUGGGAAGGGUAAUAAGUCAAUAUGGAAACGUUGUUUUGAGGUUUAUAAGAGGUGGGGUUGGUCUAAAGAUGAUAUUCUUGCAGCAUUUAGGAAGCACCCGCAUUGUAUGAUGCUAUCGGAGAAGAAAAUUAUGAAAGGAAUGGACUUUUUAGUUAACAAGAUGGGUUGGCCCUCGAAGGUCAUUGCUCAAUUACCAGUGGUAUUGUUUUUCAGCUUGGAGAAGAGAAUUAUCCCGAGGUGUAGGGUCAUUGGAGUUUUGAUGUCCAAGAGAUUGAUAAAGCAAGAUUUGAGCUUAGCUACCGUGCUGCUUCCAGUAGAGGAGUGCUUUCUAGAGCGGUUUGUGACCAAAUUUGAGGAGGAAGUACCUCAAUUGUUGAGUGUUUAUGAAGGGAAAGUGGAUCUGGAGGAAGCAUAACUUAGAUAAAAGAGAAAUUGAUGAGAUAAAACAGAUCUUGGGCUGUUGUUGUCCGCCAAUCAGAAUAAAUGUUUACUAACUUGCUAUUUUUUAAUCUCUGCAAAGGCGUUAUAGCUUGCAAUUAUAUGUUUGCGAGAGCACCAAUUGUUCAGUAUGGUUCUGUAGUUUUGUUGUGAAUUACUUGACAUUGAAUUGACAUUCUAUUAUCUACCUGCUUCAUUUGUA